AAGAUGGGGUCAGAUUAAAAUUUAAAAAAAGUAACGGGCACAAACACCGAAUUAACAAAAACGACAUGGGCUUCUUACAAAAAUCCCCUGACCAGGAUUCGAAUUUUCAGACCGUUGAAGCCCGUUGGCAGACAAGAGGUAACCGUUAGAAACAGUAACCUCCCACUUAAUCUCCUUCCCCAAUGCCCAAACCCCUUCAUCCUCUUCCUCAAUCCACUCACAUACACAGAAGACCAACAAACCCCACUUCAAUGGGCUGCGUAUCUUCCAAACUGUUCAAGAACGAUUUCAAAGAAGAGGUCACCAUCACCCACGGCCCCCAGUGCCUCAACCACGUCGUCUCCCUCACUUCCAGCACUUACGGCCUUCUAAAUCUCGACAAUGACCCACCGGUUGUUUCAGAGACUCAUAACUUGAAGAAAUGUUCUCCGAAAAAGGAAGAUCUGGAGGUUAUCAAUGCUUGGGAACUGAUGGAGGGGCUGGAGGAAGCGGUGCCGGUCAAGAGGAGUCCCAAGUCGCGCUCUGUUCUUCGGGGGUUUGUGGAUUUCGAUGCGAGGAGUCCGUUGAAGUUGCUGAACCAGUUCGGGUCGCCGAUGAAGGGGAAGCGAUUUGGGGGGAAGGAGAAUAAGGGGAGAGUGAAUGGGUUGGGGUAUAGUCCCAAAGGGGUGCCGAAAUCGAAUAUUGGGUCGGAGAAUUCUUGCAAGAAGGCGCUGAAUUUGAGUCCGGCGGUUAAAGGGUCUCCUGUUUCUACGAAACGGAGGAGUUUUGGGAGCGAUUCGUCGAGGAGGAAGAGUUUUAGUCCCCUGUUUGAUCCAGAGCUGGUUGCUUCUUAUGAGAAGGAAAUGUCAGAAGAGGAAGUGCAGAUCAAGAGGAUGGUGCUGCCUUCGCCAAAAACCAGGAAAGUGAGGUAUUCUAACCCAGAUUCGGAAUCUGUGCUGAAGUUGUUUGAGAAGAAAUGCCCUCCUGGCGGCGAAAAUGCGGUUGUUAUUUACACUACUACAUUGAGGGGGAUUAGGAAGACUUUUGAGGAUUGCAACAAUGUGAGGUCAAUCGUGGAGUCUCACCUCAUUCGCGUGCUCGAGAGAGAUAUAUCGAUGGAUUCGGGGUUUAAGGAGGAGAUAAGGGGGCUAAUGGGGACUAAAGAGGUUAGGGUUCCGCUUGUGUUUGUGAAGGGGAGGUUGAUUGGUGGAGCUGAUGAGAUUGUGAAGUUGGAGGAGGAAGGAAAGCUCGGGGUUUUGUUCGAUGGGAUUCCGAAAGCGCUUGUUGGGUGCCAAGGCUGUGCUGGAAUGAGAUUUGUGAUGUGUGUGGAGUGCAAUGGAAGCUGCAAGGUCUUGGAUGAGGGGCAAAGGAAGAUGGUCAAAUGCGGUGAGUGCAAUGAGAAUGGUUUGAUUCAUUGCCCACUUUGUUGCUAAAUGUAUGUAAUUGAAUUGACUGAUCGAGUAGUGCUUGCUCGGAUUUUAGGAUUUUCGGGUUUUGAUGAUGAUCUUUGGUUUCUGAGGGCAGAACAAGGACUUUGAUUUAAGAAUCAGCAGGGUGUUUCAGUUUAGGAAAUAGGGGUUCUAAAGUGGGUUUUAGGCCUCUUCUGCAUUAUGCCUUGUAAUAUUUAGGAUUGGUUUCUUUAAUUCUCUAGGACUGAUGUGUUCUAUACACAUGGCAAUGUUGUUGAUGACAAUUGUACCUUUA